AUGAAGAUCUCUUCGGCCUUGGUGGAUGUCACCUUGGAAUUGGUUGCUGUGAAAGAUCGUAAUGCUAAGCAAUUGGAAGCAGAAAAAAUUCGGCUGAAGCAAAGCUCCGGUACAAAUGAGAAGUUGGAUGUGCUAAUCCAGAAAAAGAAUGAGGAUGUUCUUCCUGAUACCCGAUCUAUCUGCAUAACUGAGCUUGGCAAUUGGAUGCUCGUAUAUCCAGAUCACUUUUUGGAGGACUCAUACCUCAAAUAUAUUGGAUGGAGUCUCUACGAUAAGGUGCCUGAUGUGAGAUUGAAGUGCAUUUCUGCUCUGCUGCCGCUCUACGAUAAGCCUGACGUAUUGAUGAAAUUGGAGUUGUUUACAAACAAGUUCAAAGAUAGACUUGUAUCGAUGGUGCUCGACAAGGACAAUGAAGUUGGAAUGAAAACAUGCCAACUUAUGACGAGCAUUUACCGUACUUUUCCCACUUUGCUCCAACUGAAAGACUGUGUCCCAAUCUACGAACUUGUAUAUUCUAACCACCGUGGACUUGCUGUUGCAGCCGGAGAAUUCCUCAAUACCAAGGUUUUUCAACAUUCGCAGCGUAGUAGAGCAUCUAGUGUCACGAGCUCUGGUCGAGGUGGAAUGGGUGAUAAUGCCAAGCUUAUUCAGGAUCUCAUUCAAUUUUACAUAGAGGGAGAGUGUCACGAGCAUGCUACUUAUCUGGUCGAUGCGUUGAUCGAUACGAAUCCAAUGAUAAAAGAUUGGCAAACAAUGGUGGAUCUUUUGUUGAGCGAUGAAGUGGAAUCAAGCGAGUCGCAGUUGAUCGAAGUUUUGGUGUGCUCUGUUCGUCAAGCUGCUACGGGUGAUCUACCAGUUGGUAGGUCAGUCGUCAAACGAGGAGCGCCUUCUACCAAGGAAAGCCGUACUCUUGUGGAAGAUCGUACUCGGCUGUCAGAAGUUCUCAUUCCUGCACUCCCAAAAUUAUUACAGAAGGUGCCUGAUGUGAGAUUGAAGUGCAUUUCUGCUCUGCUGCCGCUCUACGAUAAGCCUGACGUAUUGAUGAAAUUGGAGUUGUUUACAAACAAGUUCAAAGAUAGACUUGUAUCGAUGGUGCUCGACAAGGACAAUGAAGUUGGAAUGAAAACAUGCCAACUUAUGACGAGCAUUUACCGUACUUUUCCCACUUUGCUCCAACUGAAAGACUGUGUCCCAAUCUACGAACUUGUAUAUUCUAACCACCGUGGACUUGCUGUUGCAGCCGGAGAAUUCCUCAAUACCAAGGUUUUUCAACAUUCGCAGCGUAGUAGAGCAUCUAGUGUCACGAGCUCUGGUCGAGGUGGAAUGGUGGAAUCAAGCGAGUCGCAGUUGAUCGAAGUUUUGGUGUGCUCUGUUCGUCAAGCUGCUACGGGUGAUCUACCAGUUGGUAGGUCAGUCGUCAAACGAGGAGCGCCUUCUACCAAGGAAAGCCGUACUCUUGUGGAAGAUCGUACUCGGCUGUCAGAAGUUCUCAUUCCUGCACUCCCAAAAUUAUUACAGAAGUUCAUCGCAGAUCGCGACAAAGUUGCAAACUUGAUCACACUGCCGCUCAAUUUUCAAUUAGAUAUGUAUAUGGCCGGUCGAUUGGAGAAUCAUCUCAAUGAACUCAUGCGUGUGAUAGAUAUGGUCGUGGAAAAACAUGCUGACGAAGAGAUGAUGAAUACAGUGGCUGAAAUGAUCACUUACUUCUCGACGAAUACCUCAGUUGCACAGAAUACAGAGACCUACAGAUUGAAGCUUAUUGAUGGGUUGGCUCUGCAACUUCGUCACACUGUACAGCGUUGCAUGAAUGAAGACCAAUGGGACGAAGAGGAUGAGGCAGCAAUGCUGGCCGCUUUCCGUAAGAUAACAGCAUUCGCAAGUCACAUUGACUUGAAGAAGUGGGAUUUGUGGGAUGUGGUACUGCAUGUGCUCAACAACCACGACGACAAAGCACCUCGUGACGUCAUUGACAAGUCAAUCUGGUUCCUUUUCAUGCAGUUAAACUGGGAUUUGGUCAGACUUGUUCGAGACCAAGAACCAAACAAGACGGAAGCGGUGAAGAAAUUGAAAAAGCGUCGUGAUCAAUUUUUGCACGAUGUCAAUAUAAUUCUUAGUGAAGGUGCCUCUGGAGUUGAACUGGCGUUCCAGUGUCUAAAUGAUUCUCUC